GUGUGUCGCCGCUUAGGUGACGCUGGGAAGUGCUUGCAGCCGCCGCCGCUGCCUUUUGGUUGAAGCAUUAUGGAGGGAGAGAGGAAGAACAACAAUAAACGGUGGUAUUUUACUCGAGAACAGCUGGAAAAUAGCCCAUCCCGUCGUUUUGGCCUGGACCCAGAUAAAGAACUUUCUUAUCGCCAGCAGGCAGCCAAUCUGCUCCAGGACAUGGGCCAACGUCUUAACGUCUCACAAUUGACCAUCAACACUGCUAUAGUGUACAUGCAUCGAUUCUACAUGAUUCAGUCCUUUACACAGUUCCAUCGAAAUUCUGUGGCUCCAGCAGCCUUAUUUUUAGCAGCCAAAGUAGAGGAGCAGCCCAAAAAAUUGGAACACGUCAUCAAGGUAGCACAUGCUUGUCUCCAUCCACAGGAAUCACUUCCUGAUACUAGGAGUGAGGCUUACCUGCAACAAGUUCAAGAUCUGGUGAUAUUAGAAAGCAUAAUUCUGCAGACUUUAGGCUUUGAACUAACAAUUGAUCACCCACAUACACAUGUGGUAAAGUGCACUCAGCUUGUUCGAGCAAGCAAGGACUUAGCACAAACUUCUUACUUCAUGGCAACCAACAGCCUGCAUUUGACCACAUUUAGCCUGCAGUACACACCUCCUGUGGUGGCCUGUGUCUGCAUUCAUCUGGCUUGCAAGUGGUCCAACUGGGAGAUCCCAGUCUCAACUGAUGGGAAGCACUGGUGGGAGUAUGUUGACGCCACUGUGACCUUGGAACUUUUAGAUGAACUGACACAUGAAUUUCUACAGAUUCUGGAGAGAACCCCCAACAGGCUCAAACGAAUUCGGAAUUGGAGGGCAUGCCAGGCUGCCAAGAAAACAAAAGCAGAUGACCGAGGAGCAGAUGAAAACACUUCGGAGCAGACAAUCCUUAAUAUGAUUUCCCAGAGCUCUUCAGAUACAACUAUUGCAGGUUUAAUGAGUAUGUCAGCUUCUUCUACCACAAGUGCAGUGCCUUCCCUUCCAGCCACUGAAGAGUCAACCAGUAACUUAAGCAAUGUGGAGAUGUUGCCCAGUGAGCGUUGGCUGUCCUCCCACCCUCCUUUUAAGGUAGAACCUGCGCAGGGUCAUCGGACUAGUGAGAGUUUAGCACUUAUAGGAGUUGAUCAUUCCUUGCAACAGGAUGGUUCAAAUGCAUUUGUUUCCCAGAAGCAGAAUAGUAAGAGUGUGCCAUCAGCUAAAGUAUCACUGAAAGAAUACCGUGCAAAGCAUGCAGAAGAGUUGGCUGCCCAGAAGAGGCAACUGGAGAACAUGGAGGCCAAUGUGAAGUCACAGUAUGCCUAUGCUGCCCAGAAUCUCCUGUCUCACCAUGACAGCCAUUCUUCCGUCCUUCUGAAAAUGCCCAUAGAGGGCUCAGAAAACCCUGAGCGGUCUUUUCUGGAAAAGACUGACAAAACAGCUCUCAAAAUGAGAAUCCCAGUGACAAGUGGAGAUAAAGCUGCCACUUCAAAACCAGAGGAGAUAAAAAUGCGCAUUAAAGUUCACACUGCAGCUGACAAGCACAAUUCUGUAGAUGACAGUGUCACAAAGAGCCGCGAGCACAAAGAAAAGCACAAGACUUACCCAUCUAAUCAUCAUCAUCAUCAUAAUCACCACUCACACAAACACUCUCACUCACAGCUUCCAGCUAGUACUGGGAACAAACGUCCAGGUGAUCCAAAACAUAGUAGCCAGACAAGCACCUUAGCACACAAACCCUAUAGCUUGUCUAGCUCUUUCUCCUCUUCCAGUUCUUCUCGUAAAAGGCCCCUCCCUGAAGAGACUGGAGGGGCAGUGUUUGAUCAUUCAGCCAAGACUGCCAAGAAUACUAAAUCCUCUUCCAUAAAUUUCUCCUUCCCUCCUCUUCCUACAAUGGCCCAGUUGCCUGGGCAUAGCUCAGACACAAGUGGCCUUACUUUUUCACAGCCCAGCUGUAAAACUCGAGUUCCUCACAUGAAAUUGGAUAAAGGCUCCACUGGGGCCAACGGUCACAAUGCAACCCAGACCAUAGACUAUCAAGAUACUGUGAAUAUGCUUCACUCCCUUCUCAAUGCCCAAGGUGUUCAGCCUACUCAGCCGCCUGCGUUUGAAUAUGUUCAUUCUUAUGGAGAAUAUCUGAAUCCACGGGCUGGUGGAAUGUCCUCCAGACCUGGCAAUACAGACAAACCCCGGCUACCACCUCUACCAUCAGAACCUCCUCCACCACUUCCACCCCUUCCCAAGUAAAAAAGAAAAAGACGAGGAGAAAAAAACUUCUUUAAAAACACACCUUUUUUUUUUUUUUUUAAACUACUGAUUCUGGACUAAGAAAAUUACUUCCCUUAUGAAAUAUGUCACCCUUGUUGGACUAGGAGUAAAUUUAUAUUGAGACAUAGGUGGGAAGGUGGUAGACGGCCUUGGUUAUUAUAUCUCCUGCCUCAGAAAUUUAACUAUUUUAUUAUAGUUUUUACUGAGAGGUGAGAAUGUGUUAAAGCUGUGAAGGAUUCAGAAUACUUUCUCUAUUCUUGGCCUCUCCACCUCCUAAUUAGGUUGAUUAGAGUUGAUAUCUUCCCUCUUCUUGCCAGGACUGAAGUAUGGAGGGUUUGUUUUAUCAAACAGUUGUGGAUCCCUUUGGUGUUUAAUAUAUCAGAAGAGAGGAAGUAUUUAAACGUCGAAAUCUUUUAAGAGACUUUUAAAAAAUAAUUUAAAGAAAGUAAGUUAUCUGUUUAGUUUUUUUUAUAUAAUU